AUGGCCAUUUGCGUCAGCUGUAUAGUAGACAAUCACAUGAUCGGAGGGUCAAUCUCAGAAGCUGAAAAGGUUGUAGCUUUGCCAGGCCAGCCAAAGGUCAGUUUCCAGCAACAUGGAGGAUACAUAACUAUUGAUGAGAAGCAGCGUAGAGCUCUUUUCUACUACUUCGUUGAAGCAGAGACAGGUCCAGCUACAAAGCCUCUUGUUCUUUGGUUAAAUGGAGGGCCUGGAUGUUCAUCCAUUGGAGCUGGAGCUUUUUGUGAGCAUGGACCCUUUAAACCAAGUGGAGAAUUAUUGAUACAAAACCAAUAUAGCUGGAAUAAAGAAGCAAAUAUGUUGUACCUGGAAUCACCAGCAGGAGUUGGCUUCUCCUACUCUGCAAAUGGAUCUUUCUACUCCUAUGUAACUGAUGAGAUUACAGGGCUUAACUCUUUAAUAGCACAAGACAAUCUUGCAUUUCUUGAGGGCUGGUUUGCCAAAUUCCCAGAAUACAAAGUCAGAGAUUUCUUCAUCACAGGGGAGAGCUACGCAGGUCACUAUGUUCCACAACUCGCACAGCUUAUUGUCCAAUCUAAAGCAAAAAUCAAUCUAAAAGGAAUAGCUAUAGGGAAUCCACUUCUAGAUUUCAGCACAGAUCUCAACUCUCGCGCUGAGUUCUUGUGGUCGCACGGAUUAAUAUCAGAUGCAACCUAUGAAAUGGCUACCACAGUUUGUAACUACUCACAAAUCAUGAGACAAAUUCAGAUUAGUAGUUCCCUUUCCCAUUCUUGCUCGAAAGUCAAUGGACAAGUCUUAAGAGAAAUAAGUAAAUUCAUCGACACAAGUGGCGUAACUCUUGAUGUUUGCUUAUCAGCAGUUGAAUUACAAUCACAAAAGUUAAAUCAAAUGGAAUAUUUAGGGAAAAUAGAUGUCUGUGCAGAAGAUGAAACUAUGAAGUACUUAAAUAGAAAAGAUGUACAGAAAGCUCUUCAUGCUCAGCUUGUUGGAGUCAAACAAUGGACUGUAUGCAGCAAUGUUCUCAAAUAUGACAUGCAAAAUCUAGAAAUCAACACAGUUCCUGUUCUGGGCAAAGUCGUAAAGUCUGGCAUCCAGGUUUUGGUUUACAGUGGAGAUCAAGAUUCAGUCAUUCCUCUCAUUGGAACAAGAACACUAGUGAAUAGAUUGGCAAAGGAGUUGGAACUGAAGACAAGCGUUCCUUACAGAACCUGGUUCCAGGGAAAACAGGUUGCUGGGUGGACGCAAGUGUAUGGUGACAUCUUAUCUUUUGCUACCAUAAGAGGAGCAUCUCAUGCAGCUCCAUUUUCACAGCCAGAAAGGUCUAUUGUCCUGUUUAAGGCAUUUCUACAAGGAAAACCAUUACCAAUAGCAUGA